GGGCUAGAACAAGAUCUAAAAAAAGGUGAUUUUUAUGGAUAAUGGUUGUACAUACAUGUACUAUGCUUUAUGAUAUAUAAAAAAUUUGAGCUAGCUAGUAAACUAUAUAGCAUCUUCUCACUUGUACUGUACAUUCUAAAUUGAAUAGGUUUUUGGAAAAACAAAUUUUAUACAUGUACAUGUAUGUACAUAAACUAUGUGCGUUCAUAAAGAUAGGAAUACCUACAAAUGCAUGUAAAUGUCUACCCACAUAUAAUGUUGCAAGAAAAUGUCCAGUUGAAAAAUGCAUGAGUAUUGAUUUUGAUCCCAAACACCAAAUUGUCUGUCUGCCUACGCUUAAAGGGAGAUAGCCUAGCCUCCGCUUUGAUGGAUGUCGUUAACGUUAAUACUGUUAUCACAUAGCAGAUUAAUGAGUUGUAUUGACUUUAUUGCGGAUGAGCAUUACAUAGUGAGCUCUAAUUUUUGUACAAGGCUGACAGAUGGAAACAGGAUCCUGAUUCAUAAUUUACAAGUUGAAAGUUUUUGCUGCAAUAUUCUCAAAUUUUACCAAUUGAUUUUGCCAACAACAAAUGAGUUCCAUACCUCUAGCAUUUAAAAAAAAAUUAUUUUCAAGAAAAAGUGCCAUUGUCUGCUCUGUAUUACAAAGACCCCCUACAUGAGUAUCUUAUUACAACAUCGCAAAAUAAAAUGUCUCUUUUUGGGGUUCGGUUUUAAUCAGAUAAUUGCCUAUUAAACAAUUUAUAAUUAAUUUAGAAGGCCAUGAAGAGGAAUGAGUAAUGAAAGGAAGUCAUUGAGCAUAAAUUAGUUAUCAUAAGAAAGUUCCAACGACCCCACAAUGUAUGCAUCACUAUGAAAAACUGUUGCACAGAUACCCCUCUCCCAAACUCUACCAUUUGGGACAGCCUGCAAGUUGGCUGUAUAUGUAUCCGGACUGUACAUUGCAGUUUUAGGCAUUUUGCAUCAUAUCAAUGUGCAACUUUUCUUUCCAAAUAUACCUGUAGACCUAACUGAUGAUAGACCAAACCAUCAUAUCUAGACUCAUAGAAAUAUGAGGAGAGAGAGGGAGAGUACAGCAAGAAACAGAAAGCAAAGCAGAAAAUUUCAAGGGGAUGAGGGAGGGAGAGAGAGAGAGAGAGAGCAAAACAGAGAGAGAGAAACAGACAGAAUGAACGUCAAAUUAUACAUAUUUGUGGGCAGGCCAAAGAUCUAGGUAGCAUCCCCCAUCCAGGCAUCGGUCUAAACUCUUGGCCAAUCAAAAGCCACCUGUAGUGUGAAACUUCCCCCCUCUGCAAAUCCUGGGUUUUAAAAGUUUGGGGAAGGGGAAUUACAUGGCUUACUUUUCCUUAAAAAGUGGAACACAUACUUACCUCACCUACCAUAUUUACUAUAUCGAUAUUAAAUCUCGGAAGAUAGCAGACCAGUUUAUUGGUGGAUUUGAGCCAAGCUAGGCAAUAGUGAAAACCUUCUUAUAAAGGAAAACUAGGACUUGAAUUGAUUUUUUUCGGAAAAGCAAGAGGAAUUAUUUACUUGACAACAUGAACAUGCAACUGCUAACCGUUUGUCUUUUUAUGCCAAUUUUGGGUGAGUACAAAAUACACAAAAAGUUUUGUUCGCAUGUCAGUGAUUAGAGUGAUACAAACUAUCACUAUUUCAUUCCUAUUGUGUAUUUGAAUCCGAAAUGAAAAUCUGAAAUUAUGAAAGCAUGAAUAUGAAUGGCAAUGUUUCAAUCUCUAAUUGCAGUGUAUAUACAAUACUCUAGAUUUUUGUUAUUCAAAUCCUAGUUCUUUCAAGCAUUAAAUUAAAAAAAUACAGAAUCCAGAUUUUGAAUAGACUUCAAUUCAAUAGCAGACUCGGUGACAAUCAUAAAAAAAACACCUUCUGGGUACAUGUAGUAUUACCGAGUAUGAAAUUUUCUAUUGAAUUCUCUGCGAUGACGAACAUCUUCAGAAUUAUGAAAUUUUUUGUAAUACAAAACUCUGAAGAGUCACACAUGGAUUCAGAUUAUUUUAAAUAAAGAAAAGCACUGAGAAAAAUUUUCUUUAAAAUACCAAGGAAGCAUGAAAUUAGAUUGUACUAUAUGUGCAGAGGGUGUAAACUGCCUUAAAAUAAAUAAGUAUGUCUUAAAGGCUUUUUUCCCUGUAACAAUGGUGCACCAUGACCCAAUUCUGUGCUUUGGCAGGGCCUCUAAUGUCUCAUCAAAUCUCCACUGAUACUGAUCAAUCAGAAGGUGUGGAAAUGUAAACUGGAAAUAUACAUGUAAAGUACAUUUUUUCUCUUUUCAAAUGCACACUUUCUCUAGGGAAAUCUAUGUCAUUUAUCUAUGAUUGCUACGCAGAUUGAUAAGUGAGACAUGAGAGGCUCUUACAUAAACAUCCUAAAGUCAGGAGAAACUGGGGUAAUCCAACUCCAAGCAUUCAAUCAGGGGGUUAUUUUUUCUAGCAUUUUGCGAUAGUCAGGAUAGCGUGAUCGUUUAUGAUAGUUCAACAGUACGCAUAAUCUUCCAUGACACAAAAAGAUUGGUAUCAUAAUUUUAUAAUCAUUUCACUUGCAAAGCGUAUUUCAUGAUUUACUUUCAAUGCUCACAAUGUUCAUGCCAAAUCUAUCAAGUUCUACAAUUGGUAAAAAACUGAGAUGUCAUUUGAGGAUGUUUUUCAUUUUCAGUGACUUUAAUUUUAUACAUGCUGACAGACAAAUGGAUCUUUCUUUUUAUCAUGACUGCCAAUAAUGCUAUUAAACUGUAAGACAUUAUGAACCAGUGUAAUACAUGUUUUCAAUUUUUUUUUUCUCAAUACCAUUUUCUGUUUACCACAAAACAUUGUCACAUUAAACCAACAAGGCAAAAUGCAUUCUAACUACUUCUUCCUCCUGUGUAUUUUCUUCGCUGGUGGGUGUGCGCAAUUCUCUAAUCGGAUUCCAAUAUUAUAAAUGAUACGCCCGCCCAACAAAUUACUGCCAGACACGAUCAGCUAAGGGGAAUCCCCAGGGUUUAUUUGGUAUUUCAGGCUUGUAAAUUUCCUCUGCUCCAUCUUCCAUAACGAUACAUCAAAACUCUCAGGCGAAGCACAUCAAAGUCAACAACUAGAAUGUCAACCCUUUGAAGUUUGGUAUUGCAUGUAAAUAUGAAGCAGUUCAAAUGUCCGCCCCUAAACCUGAGUACAAUCAAUUGUACACAUACUGUACAUGUAGAUGUUUUGACAGAAACAAAAGACUUGUUCAUACAUUAUACAUGUAUGUCCCAAUUGACCUUUCAUAUCAACAAUGGAUAUCUGAUUAAUUGACCUAGGCUCGAACUGUUGCAUAACAACCAAUAAAAACACACAUCCUUGUCUCAUAUGCAAAGCCAAUUUGAGCUCUCGCUUCUAAAUAGUAAAUGGCUGUAGGGCCGUCUGCACCAGCCCCAGUUUUCAAAUAAUCGCACUACAGGUAUAUCUGAGCCGGCAAAUUAUCCCGAUCUGAACAAUCUUGAGAUUAUUUGUAAUGGAGACACCAUCAUCGCGAUAGUUCACCGGAUUAAUCUCAAUAUUGCAAUCCUAAGUCAACUUUAAUAGGAUUAUUUGCAAAAUAGUGCGUUAUUUACGAAUUAUCCCUUAUUUAUUCACGGUGUCACACCAUAAUGCAUUAAUGCCUCACUCAAGCACGAAUUGCUCUUCUUGGGCUGGUGGAGACAGGGUUACUUGAAUCUUGAGAUUAAUCGCAAAGAGGGCCGAUCAGGCUAAAAUCUUGAGAUUGAGCAAACUAUGGCUAUAGUGCAGCACCGCCUAAUGUGUGUCCAAAGGAUGUAGUAUCAUUUCUUGCCUGAGCACGAAAGAGAAGAAGUGGUCUCUACUAUAUUGGAAGGAAAUCAAAACACCUGAUGCACACUCAUGAUGAGAAGUUCAUGAUAAAAUGCUUUUGACUGGUGGUGCAACAGCCAUGAAAGGUCACUUGAUAAUUAAAGCAUGUUCCGCCCAGUUUGACUGGUUGAUGAACUACAGACAACUCAACGCAGGAGCACCGCAAAGACAGACAGACUUUGGUUUCAUGAAACCAAGUACCACUCCUAAACCUCUGGGUGCAUUACCAAAGAAACGCAGAGAUGGCACUGCCUUUGGAUUAGGGGCCGCAAACGAAUUCGCUGGGGGCAGCAGUAGCUACACGAACCAGGACACCGCUCCUGUUGAUGCUGGCAUAGGUGACACUUCUGGGGGCAACGCGCAAGGUAGCGACUGGGACAUCAAUGCAGCUGGCACUGACUACGGCGGAAACAGCAAUGGUGGUGAUUAUGGUGGCACUGGUGGUGUCUCAGGAGGCAAUGGUGGUGGAUUUGGAGGAGGUAGCAAUGGUGAAGGAGGCUCCUUUGCAGAAGGUGGCAAUCUUAACCCAGGUUAUGAUGACAGCAUGCAGAACCUUGCUAAUGCAUCUGCUGGUAGCAUUGCUGGUAUUGUCAUUGGUGUCAUCAUUCUAUUGUGUGUCUUGGCUGGAGUGUCCUUCUUUGUCAUGAGGCAAGUCCAUCGAAAGGUGCAGGUGAAUGCAACACGAGCAUAAUCAUCUUUGAAAAACUUCAACUAUAAGACUGUAUUAACGCUGCUAUUAAAGUUAUAUUCAAAACAUAUUGACAAUGGAAUCUACAGUGUUUUUUUUUUCUUGAUAAACUGAAUGAUAAUUCCAAUCUAAUGAAUAUCUAAAUGUGUGAAUGUCAUUAAAACCAACCAUGGAAUUGUGGUGUCUAUGAAAAAUCAAUCAGUGUCUACUUUAAAUAUUCUUCCAAAGUCAUGAGCAGAAAUGUACACGUACAUGAAAUCUAGUUUGAUUUUCAAGUCUUCAAUCCCAUCCCUCAAGUGAUCUGUUUUCACUAAAGAGAUACUAGUUUACUAUCUACUGUAGAUUUCAAUUACCUUUCAACAAUCAUUUGAUUCAUCAAUUCUUUCUGAACUCCCUACUCCAUUCAUAUAUUUUUUCUGAUUUCCCACCACCCACCCUCUCUCUGUCUCUGUCUUUCCUGCUGAUCACACACACACACAAUACUUUAUUCCAGUGUCUCACUUUUGUUCUCCCUUUUCAAUUUCUCAUAUCUUAAAUUUUCAUUGUAGUCCCGUAAUAAAGUCUUUUGCAUACCUCAAGAUCUACUUUUUGCUUGAUUAGCAUUAAUAAUCUUCUUCCUGGUCAUAUAUCCCAAUAUUUCAAGUGCUUUUCUACACUAGACAUUUUGUUGUUACAUUUUAAAUGAAUACAUGCUCGUUAAUGUCAAUGCCAGUGAAAUAUAAUGUUGUAUCUUGUAUAAUAAACUGUGAAGUACAGUGUACAUAACAUAUUCAAUGGUCCACAGGUGUAUGUUUCCUAUGUCCAAUGUAAAAUUGGUUUCAUACAUGUAUGGUAAGGCCCCCCGAAGUGUGUGAAGUCCCUGUUGUCUGCGCACACGCGUAUCUGCGUGAUUCUAGUAAGAAAAUGUACCCAACAACCACAAACUUUACACAUGCAAUACAUAGAAUGAUAUUCAUUAUAAAAAAAAUCCAACUCCAAAUGGUGGAAAAUAAUGAAUUUUGGGGCAUUUCAUGUGACGGCCUCAAAAUGCAGCCUUUCUCAUCAAAAUCCUGAAUCAUGUAUGAAUGGGUAAUGUACAAAGACAUGGGGGAUCAUUUUUUGUUAAAUCUGAAAAUGACUGGCCAAGGUUUUUUUUUUCAAGAAAAUCAUAUAUUUCUUUCAAAUUUUUAUGAGAUUUUUGGUACACUUUAAUACUCAUAAGAAUAUAUUAAAGGAACAUUAUCAACUGAAAAUUUUUCUGAAAUAAACAGAAAUUCAUGUUAAAAUAUUCAAUAGUUACACACGUAUGUAUGUGCACAGACAUGGGGGCCCCUUCAUAAAGUAGUGUACAUGAUAGAAAUAAUAAAUGAUAGAUGAUGGUCAGGACUAUAUACAUUGGAUAAUCAUAGUCGGAUAUGUCUGUCAAAUAGGACCCUCCUGGUGCCUGAUACUCCACAACUUUAUCAGACAACCAUCCGGGUAAACUUUUAUUUCCUGAACAUUUAGUUUAAUAAACCAUCUUUGCUUUAAUAGCCUGAAACUGCACUCUCAUGUUACUUUACCUACAUGUAAUACUGGACUUAUUCUUGUAUGUCAAGGACCUAAAUACAAUGUUUUAUCCAACAAAGUCUGUUUUUCUUGACAGUUGCUAUAGUCAGAUGAGUUUCUUAGCCAAUCAAAACUGUCAGGACUGCCAGAAAACGAGAGCUUUUCAUCAACAUUUUUCAUCUGACAACUUUCCUUGAUUUUUAAUUGGCUGAGUAGCACAGUUCUUAAAGGUAACUGUCAGAUUGGACACGUCAGAUACAUGUAACACAUUGUACAUACAUGUACAUGUACAAGGGCAGAUGAGUCCUUAAUGGAAUGGUCAAGAAAAGAAAGCUACAUGUAUGACUGCAUUCAUUAUCCAUAUAUACUCACUAUGCAGACAGUUUUCAUGAGGGUCACAAAAUAAUUGCUGAUGAUAAUAUUCUGCAAUUGCUUCUCAUUUGACCAACAAUAGGUUUAAUGCUUCUGCUUUGUUGGCAGAAACAAAGUUAAAAAAUCCCCUUUAUAAUAUUACUUUAUCAAUGGUUAAUAAAUAUCAUAAAUGAAUUAUUAAAAAACUUCUCGAACUUU